AUGGCGACCAAGAAGCCAAACAUCCUGUACAUUAUGGCUGACCAAAUGGCCGCCCCCUUGUUGUCCCUGCAUGACAAGAACUCCCCCAUCAAGACCCCCAAUCUGGAUCGCCUCGCUGAUGGCGGUGUGGUCUUCGACUCGGCCUACUGUAACUCACCACUGUGUGCUCCCUCACGCUUUGUCAUGGUGAGCGGCCAGUUGCCCUCCAAGAUUGGAGCAUACGACAAUGCGGCGGAUUUGCCCGCUGAUACCCCUACCUAUGCCCAUUAUCUUCGACGGGAGGGUUAUCACACAGCCCUGGCCGGCAAGAUGCACUUCUGUGGCCCGGAUCAACUGCAUGGUUAUGAACAGCGCCUAACCAGUGAUAUCUACCCCGGUGACUAUGGCUGGUCCGUCAACUGGGAUGAACCCGACAUCCGUGCCGACUGGUAUCACAACAUGUCUUCCGUGCUGGAGGCCGGACCUGUCGUACGCACUAAUCAGUUGGACUACGACGAAGAGGUCAUUUAUAAGUCGACCCAGUACUUGUAUGACCAUGUCCGUCAGCGCAACGAACAGCCUUUCUGCUUGACGGUUUCCAUGACGCACCCCCACGAUCCAUAUGCCAUGACCAAGGAGUUCUGGGACUUGUAUAACGACGUGGAGAUCCCUCUCCCCAAGAACGGAGCGAUUCCACACGACCAACAGGAUGCUCACUCCCAGCGCGUGCUCAAGUGUAUCGACUUGUUCAACAAAGAUAUUCCUGACGAACGCAUCCGUGCCGCGCGUCGUGCAUACUACGCGGCCUGCACAUAUGUUGACACAAACAUCGGCAAGCUGCUGCGCGUACUCGAUAACACUGGCCUGGCGGAUGACACCAUCAUCGUGUUCACCGGUGACCAUGGUGACAUGCUUGGCGAGCGUGGUCUAUGGUACAAGAUGACCUGGUUCGAGAACUCGGCCCGCGUUCCUUUCCUCUUCCACUCCCCUAAGCGUUUUGCUCCGAAGCGCGUGUCCGAGAAUGUGUCUACGAUGGAUCUUCUCCCAACAUUUGCAGAACUGACAGGUGCCAAACUUAUCCCGGAACUGCCACUGGAUGGUGUUUCUCUUGUUCCGUACCUCACCGGCGGCGAAGGUCUGCGCACGGACACUGUGUACGGCGAGUACAUGGGCGAGGGCACCCAGGCUCCUCUCAUGAUGAUUCGUCGUGGCCGCUGGAAGUUCAUCUACUCGACGAUCGAUCCACCCAUGCUAUACGACAUCGUGAACGAUCCGGAAGAAAAGGUCAACCUAGCAGCCGACCUGCCUAUCCCAUCUAGCCCCACCCGUGCAGCCAUCGCAGCCAAGCCUACCAGCUCAACAAGCGCAAUCAACCUGCCAACUCCCAGCGAUACCCCGCGUGCAUCGCCGCUUCCCCAGCGCACCACCACCACAGACUUCCCCUUCCCCUCCCAUACUCCCCCUCGCACACCGAGCCCAGCCAAGCUCCCACCUGCAUUGCCCAACACCACCGAUCCGAGCAAGAUUCUCGCAUUCUUCCUCGAGGAGACCGCUUCCCGCUGGGACAUGGAGAAGAUCCACCAGGACGUCCUGCGCUCGCAACGCCGCCGCCGUCUUGUCUACUCUGCUCUGAUCCAGGGCACACAGACCGUCUGGGACUACGAGCCUCGUAUCGACCCGAGCACCCAGUACGUGCGCAACCAGGGCAAGGGUGCCCUCGACGAUGUCGAGUUCAUUUCGCGCUGGCCCCGUGUGCUGCAGCAAGCCGCUACUGCCCAUGGAAUCUCCACCUAA